AUUCCAGAGCACGAAGUGGUGAUUUUCUACCAGGUAGAGACAUCCGUUCACGUCGACUGACGGCUCGCGUGUAAGCCAAGGGGCCGCGAGUAGAGUGACCCAUACAGCUUCAGCAAAGGCUGAAGGACUUUCUGGUGAGUUUUUAUUAUUUUUACGUUGUCGGGGAUUCUUCCAGUGUAUCCAGCAGCUGAUACAAGUUGUCUAUUUUAGCUUUGGGAGUGAUUUGUAUUGAUCGUGUUUUUUAGACAACCAUGGCUCAAUCAGCCAUUAAUACUACUUUGGAACCUUUCCGUAAAGGAAACUCUUUUGGGGAUUGGGUGGAGCGUCUAGGGUUCUUUUUUGAUAUGAAUAAAAUUCCUGAUGAGGAAAAACGUGCUCAUUUCAUUACGCUCAGUGGACCCAUUAUUUUUAGAGAGUUAAAGUUAUUGUACCCUAAUAGUAACCUUGCUGAAGUUCCUUAUGAGGAAAUGAUCACUAAGCUAAAGGCACGACUCGAUAAAACAGAGUCAGAUUUGGUGCAGAGAUUAAAGUUUAAUGUGAGAAUACAGCAACCGGAUGAAUCGUUAGAGGAUUUCGUGUUGUCUGUAAAGCUCCAGGCCGAGUUUUGCAACUUUGAAAAUUUUAAGAAAAUGGCUGAUCGCAUUGUUGCCAGGAUCCGGGACAGAGCUCUCCAACAAAGGUUGCUGAACGAAGAGAAGCUAACUUUGGAAACAGCAGAGAAACUUAUAGCGACCUGGGAAAUUGCCAGGAACAAUGCGAAAAAUAUGGAUUAUGGCAACACUGCGGACCAGAUAGCAUCAAUGAAAGCGAAAGGUUUUCCUGGAUCAAGGCUCAAUAACUUAGCAGCUACCUUGCAAUUGGUAGCUAGAACAAACCGUGGUAAUAGAGAUGAUGAGCGAAACCGCGGACCAGUUAAAAGUAGGCUAGGACAUGCUCCAUACCAGCGAGGACAAUGGAAGAGUAAGCAAUGGCAGAGCGGGCGAAGAUCAGACCAGGAAGAAAGAAAUCGCUCAUCGACGCGUCCUGAUUAUUCUCAAAUAGUUUGUGACUUUUGCGGAGUGCAAGGUCAUAUUAGGCGAAAAUGUUUCAAAUUAAAAAACAUGCAUAGAGAUGCUGUUAAUUUGGUUACCCCGAACACCUCUGCAUCUAAUCCGGACGAAUAUUUGAGUGAACUUGUCAACAGGAUGCAAACGGAGACUGACAGUGAAAAUGAAGAUGAUGGUUCUAAUUGGAAGCGUUCCAACCGCAGCACAUCGAGGACAGCUGCGCAUCAGUAAAACCGGAGAAUCCCACGAAAAACCAAACGUCCUUCUGCGCCGGCAACAGCUGGAAUUCCAUGAAGAUGGCGGAGAAUUUCGUGGAUUUUCGGAAGAGGAAAUUGAGAGAACCAAGCCACGCAACAGUAAACAAACAGUGUCCUGCCCGAGAAGCGACGUAUUGGUGCGCCAGCGAACGCUGGUACCAGAAGCCGACUUUGAAAAGUUUCGAGGUGCUCCGGAAGAUGUCAGACGCAGUAGGAAGCGGAGAAUGCUGGUGGAGGAAGCGGCGCAAGAAGUUGAGAGGUCGACUGAUUGCGUUCCGAGACGAUCUAAACGGCUCCGGCGAGCUAACAUUGACAGUGAUUACGUAUACUUGAAUUAAUUCGUGAUUAUUGUCACGUUCUGAAUUGUUAUUGUUGAGCAAAAUGAAUUUUGAAUUCAAUCGAAGUUUCCUUAUUAUAAUACUUAGAGUUUAAGGUUCGAAGUUUUGAAAUAUGAAUUGAUCGCCUAUUGUUAACUAUUUUAAGGGAGAAGAGCUGAUGUGUUUUAUGUUAGAGUGUAAGGCACAUACACUGUUGUAGUUGUUUGUGUCGUUUAACGAACAGUAGCGCGUGCGAUGUUUUCUAGAACAUCCCAGCAGGAGGUCUGAUGUUAGAUUGAAUAAAGCCAUAUCAGCAUUCGAUAUUGAGUGCUCUCCAGAAACAGUCGCAUAUAGUAACACGGUGAAUCACGGUCUUUAAAGUAUAAAAGUCGGUCUUAACAGAAUCGUCCGCCAUUGCUCUGUUGUUAGUAAGAUGCAAAUCUCAACUUCUACUUCAUAUUAUUCACUAAAAAUUUGAUCGUUCAUUUGCUCACUUGUGGUGCACAAUCGACUAAAGUUUCAGCUACGUCAGUGCAGUGGAAAUUGAUAUUUGCUUCUUCAAAAUCGCGAGGCAAAUUGUUAGAAAGAGACGGAAGAUAGGAAAAAUUACACGUCGUCCCGUGCGGCCUCAAUAACCGAAAAUAACUU